AUGACAGACACGGUGAUGAGCAGCAGCUCGGAUCGCUGGAUGUCCAACGACAGGCAGAGGAACAUGCAUGCUAGCGAAAAAGAGCAGGGCAACUGGACCAUGCAGCCAGGCCCUGGUCCUGGUCCAGACCUGACAGAUGAAGAGAAAGAGAUUAUAAACGGUGUGAUCGCCCGUGCAGAGAAAAUGGAGGCCAUGGAGCAGGAGAGAAUUGGGCGCUUGAUAAACCGCCUGGACGACAUGAAGAAGACUGUGUGUGGGGAUGGAGUGUCCCGCUGUUUGGUGUGUGGGGAGCAGCUGGGCUCACCUGGGGUCAGCUCAGUGGUGUGUGAGGACUGCAAAAAGAACAUGUGUACCAAGUGUGGUACACAGUGUAGCAGUCGGCCACGUGCCGUGUGGCUUUGCAAGAUAUGCAGAGAACAGCGAGAGGUGUGGAAGAGGUCUGGUGCCUGGUUCUUUAAAGGUUUUCCUAAGCAUUUUCUGCCAUCACCCAUGCCUUUAUCUAAAGCAAAAGAGACAGGUGCCCAGGAGGUGACAGAGCCCCAGGGGCCUCCAGCCUCUGAACCCAGGGAGGCAGUAACCCAACCACAGCCUACAGGUCACAGUCAGAGUCAGGCCCCUGCCUCUGAGCAGCAAAAUUCAGGACCAGAGCCACAGGGCCGUGCUGGUUACCCACCCGUGGCCCCCAAACCAUCAGCUGUGCGCAUGGCUACAGGCGGGGCUGGUCCUCAAGAGGUGGGACAGGGCAGCCCAGUGGUGAUGAAGAAGAUGGUUCCCGUCCAGAGCUCCAGACCACAGCCUGCUGUUGCCAUGGCCCAGCAGGGUCCAGUGUCAGGAGAUGGAGGUGCCUACUCCUCUGGCGCAGUUCCCCCAGAGCAGAGAGCGCCUCCUGCUGUAAGAGAGGACAGAAGGCAGCCCGCUGCCUACGGUGCUGCACCCGUCCGACAGCAACCUCCCCCAGCUGAGGAGGAGGAGGAGGCCAACGACUAUGACUCUGAUGAAGCCACCACUCUGGGCUCUCUAGAGUUCAGUCUGCUCUAUGAACAGGAAAGCAACAGCCUCCACUGUAGCAUCCUCAAAGCGAAGGGACUGAAGCCCAUGGACUCAAAUGGACUGGCAGAUCCUUACAUCAAGCUUCAUCUUCUGCCAGGAGCUAGUAAGUCUAACAAGCUGCGCACAAAGACCUUGAGAAACACCCGCAACCCUGUGUGGAAUGAGACGCUCACCUACCACGGCCUGACAGAUGAGGACAUGCAGCGUAAGACCCUCAGGCUCUCUGUCUGUGAUGAAGACAAGUUUGGGCAUAACGAGUUUAUUGGGGAAACCCGAGUGGCGCUGAAGAAACUGAAGAUGAACCAGAAGAAAAACUUUAAUGUGUGUCUCGAGAGAGUCGUCCCCACGAAGAGGACUGCAACAGCCGGGGCAGCCAGAGGCAUCGCUCUCUAUGAAGAUGAGCCGGGGAAAGAUGGUGGAGACGUAGAAGAGCGUGGUCGGAUCCUGAUCUCCCUCAUGUACAGCUCCCAGCAGAACCGCCUCAUUGUGGGUGUUGUGCGCUGCGUUCACCUGGCUGCCAUGGAUGCCAAUGGCUACUCUGACCCAUAUGUCAAAAUAUGCCUGAAACCUGACAUGGGAAAGAAGGGCAAGUGCAAAACACAAAUCAAAAAGAGGACUUUAAACCCAGAGUUUAAUGAGGAAUUCGGCUAUGACAUCAAACACAGUGAGCUGGCUAAGAAGACUUUAGACAUCUCUGUGUGGGAUUAUGAUAUCGGGAAGUCCAACGACUACAUCGGUGGGUGUCAGCUGGGUAUCACUGCCAAAGGAGAGAGGCUGAAGCACUGGUAUGAGUGUCUGAAGAACAAGGACAAGAAGAUUGAGCGCUGGCAUACUUUGCUGAACGAGAAUCACGUCGCUAGCGAUUAACCACUUGCCCCAACCCAGUAGAGCAUGAGCUAAAACCUAUCCUCCCUACUUGGUUUGCAUUCACCUCCUAAAGCACUCCCCCCGUUUUGUUGUGUUUAUCUAUUCUCUCACUACCUGACCAUCACACGGGCGCUGCUCGCAUUUGCCCCUUUUUCCCCUGAUGUAGUAUAUUCUUCUUUCCUGUCUUCUUCUUAACAAUUUCUCUGCCUGUUGCUGAUACUUAAUCUGCCUCUGGGACAAA